AUGUACGCGGAAAACUCCUACAACACGUCGUCGUCCCCGUUCGCCAGCUACUUCAUUCCCGGACAGCGGCACAGUGUGUAUCCCACGCCGUUCUCCGUGUCGCGGAACCACAAGCUUUUCGCGCAGAACCAGCAGAAGCUGGCCGCCGGGCAGUUUGCGCAAAUGAUUGACACGGACGUGGCGCUGCUGUUCAUCGAACAGCGAAACUGCAGCAGUGUCGGAGCAGUGCUCGGCGGGGGUACUAGUAGUGGUGCAACUACUGCUUCUACUGCUCCUACUUCCCACAACAUUUCCCUCUCCUACCGCCUGACCGAUGGGUCGCUGUUUCCGGUCACGGAAAUCGUGGUUCCUGCCGGGUCCAACGUGGUGCACGUGGACAGUUUUCUGCGCGGCUGGAGCAUGUACAGCUGGAGCAUCGUGAGCAACUGCGAGGAGAGUAGUGGUUCUUCUAGCAGUUCCACCGCGGCGAAAUCAGUCAACGGCACGGACUUCGAGGGGGGUGUCGGGCCGAUGACUUUAUUGGGCGCGAAUGUGUACUCGAACCUGUACUACGCGACCACGACCACGACGACCACGGUAUACCCGAUUUCCAUCGCAGAUCUGUACAACACAAAUCCGAAUGGCGCGCCAACUUCGUCUUCUACUACUGGUACCAAGGGUGGUGCUACAGCAGGAACCACUUCUCCCCUGGUUCCGGCGAGCGCCUACGUGGUGGAGUCUUCGGUCACCAUCAGUUUCGGCUCCGCGGCAGCGGACAGUGCCUUUUGGAACGCGUGCGGCACCACCUCCAAGCUGAACGACGCGAGUAUUCCCCUCUGUGCGGCCUUUAUCACGGCGCUCAAGGCCUCGGUCUGCAACACCGUGAACCAGAUGCUCCCGGAGGGGAAGAAAGUGGAGUGCAUUUACAUUUUUUACGUGAAAAUCGCCCUGCAGGUCGUCGACGCGACCACUGGGCUUACGAGUGCGCUGCCGCGCAGGCUGAAAAUCGAAGUGAGCAUGAACAUUGGGGAGGAUUUAUCGCCGUCGCUAGCUGCUGGUGCUGCGCAUAUCGAAAAUAAAAAUGUUGGCAGGUCUAGUGGUGCCACAUCGACAGCAGGAGCAGUGCGGUUGCGCCGAAGAUUAAUAGAUGCGGCGCCAGUACUAGCACAGCAGGACAUGAUCAACAUCGUGGACAAGAAUCCGAAGAAGAUGUCCGCUCUUCAAUAUACCGGGAUGGUGUCAUCUUCAACGUCUUCCCUUGCACGGGCAGAUGAGGAAAUAGUAACAAGAAGUGCUGUCAAGAACCACCUGCUCAGGAGCAGCACUUCUGCGCCGGAAGAUGGUGCUCUUCUUGAAGACACGACCACACGGUCGUUAGUACCCGAAGACCACAACGAAAGUGUUACCAUGAUAUCUCCAACGCGGAGGUCUUUGACGGCUGCGGUGAGCAUCAACUCGGGCAACGUGCAGGUCCUUGUGGAGUACGAAAUCCGGUUUCCGGAUCCCGCGGAGGCCCUGACCCCCGAGAAAGCCAACGAAAUUUAUACACUUCUGCAGGCGGCCGCCGCCGCGGCGGCCGCCUCGGGGACCACCGCCGGAGGGGGAUCGAUUGCCGGCGGGGGAACGACUUCUACGACGAGCACAGCUGCGGGUGGAAGCACCUCGUCCGGGACGAGCGGUGCAACGGCGUCCACAUCUACCACUUCAUCCGGAGGGGCUGGGGCAACUACUGCCAGUACGACCGGUGUCCCGAGUUUCGCCUCGUUGCUGGCUACCGCACUGACCAGCGCGAUCGCGGCCGCGCCCGAGCUGCAGACGGCCAAGCUGACCUCCCCCGGGUCGUCGAUUUCCGUGGAAAAGGGCCCUGACGCCGUGAAAAACUUUACGGUUUGGAUUCCCGAGGCGAUCUUCGACUCCGUGCCAAACGCCACCCGGGUGGACGUGCCAACCGUGGCUUCGACGGCGGCCGCCGGAGACGGCAACUCCUCCCCAGUCGAUGUGAUCCUUGGCGUCGUGUUUGCGGUUCUGUUCCUCGUAGUCUUUGGCGUGUGGGCCUAUCCGGAAAAAAACCGGGAAAAGGUGCGGAAGUUUGCGCAAACGGUACGAAACCGCAUCAGUGGCCGCGUAAAUGACGACUUGAUGUCGGGAGCUGGCAAGGAGGACGAAGAAGCUGCUCCGGGAGACGGAAUGCUCGAGAUGGCAAAUGCUGGCGAUGGACAACCGGAGCUGCAAGUAGAGGGGCAGCAACAUGGUGAAGGAGAGCAAGGCGCCGAUCCGGAUGCAAUCAAGUUGGAUGUGGGGCAAGAAGAAGAGGCAGACAGCGAUGCCCUGCAGCUGAACAAGUACGACAGCGCGCUGGCGGCCAUUCCGAAAGCAGGCAAACCGCUCCAAAUGCGCAAAAAGAAGGCAGGCGGAGGUGGACCCGUCUUGCCGCCGUCGGCGGAUAUAAUUCUGGACAGCGUUGCGGUGGAAGAACAAGCUGGUACAGGGGUUGCGGAGAAAAGCGGCGAAGCACAAGCAGCGACAGAAGUAGAGGACAACAGAACCAAACCAGGUACCGCAGCGAGUGGAAGCAGUUUGCUCACACCACCUCCUCAGCAAGAGUCAGGGUCGGCACUAGAGCCCCCUUCGCCGCGAUCGCUCAGAAAGCCGAAGGCAGGGGCGAAGUAGGCGGAGGAACGAUCAUCGUGACAGGCUUGGUUGACAGAGGACAAGACUCGUCUACUCAUCAUCCUGGCUGCGGAUACAUCAUCUUCAUCACUCUUCUAGCUUCGCGAUGUGGUACGAUCUGCAUCACUCAGUAUCUACUUCAGGCGCGGGCUACGUACUUACUUCCAAUUAUGUCUCACCACAUUGAUUUAAUCACGAUGUCAGUACGAGUGCCAGUUCCUUUCAGUAAAAAGGCUUUUACACGCGCCAGUACUUGUCCUUGCCUUGAUGCAAGUGAGUAGGCUAGUACGACGCUGCUAGAUCUACUGGCCAAAAAGGUGACUCAAUAA